CUCCUUGACAAGUAGUUAAAAAACACAACUGAACUAGAGCAGAACCAGCAACUUAAAACGAAUUUCCAAGCAAUAUACAAAAAUGUUUGCAAACGAAUAUUUGGUCAACGAAUCUGAAUAUUUGAGUUUUCCAUGUGCCAUGCCAAUGGAAGAAUCUCUGGUAGCUCCUGCCUUGGCUCCUUCAUUAUCCUUGGAGAAGACCAAGCGAUCUCGCACUGCCUUCACCUCCCAUCAACUUAUGGAAUUGGAACGUGAAUUCCAUCAGAAUCGUUAUCUAGCCAAACCUAGACGCAUGGAAAUCGCUCAGAGACUAGAUUUAACUGAAAGUCAAGUGAAAAUUUGGUUUCAAAAUCGUCGCAUGAAGUCCAAGAAAUUGGCCACAAAGCAAAUGGCCCGUAAGGUGAAAGAAAUUGCUGCUCCUAUAGAUCAGGCAUCCGAACCAAAACUUAAUGAUCAUGAGCUAAUUGUCGAACGACUUUUGCAAUAUGUUUCUUCCAAUCAAAAUUCAAUUGCAUCAACGGAGGAAUUCAACCAAGUGGAAUUGAAUCUUGAUUUCUUGAACGAAGAUCAAUUUACUUCAACAUCCGAACUUACAUUAAAUCAAACGGAUUUGGCCAACAUUGAUAAUAAUACAGCCUGGCCUUGGAAUUGGAUGGAAAGUGGGCAGGAUUUCAUACCCUUCAAAGAUAUGCAGGAUAUGGAAAUUGACCCCUGUGAUUUAUUUGCCUUCGAUCAACAACAACAACACCAACAACCACAGGAAUUUGUUGGACACAAUUUUAACUGGGAUACAAAUAGUAGCUUAACUUCUGGGUCAACUUCGUCAUCUUGUGAUUCUCUAGAUGUGGAUUUCGAUUUUAUAGACAAUUUAUUAAACUUUUAAUUUCUGAAUUGUGUUCAACAUGUUUUGUAUAUAUAUCUGU